UAAUAUCUAAUAAAGACAAUGUUUAAUUAAAUGGAUUGUUUCAAUCCGAAAGAAAUUAAAACUAAGGAAUCUAUUAAUAUAAAAUAUGAUUGAAUUUGAUGAAAAAACACAAAGCAGUUUUAUUGAAUGGAUAACAUAUAAACUUAGUAUCUAUGAGAAUUCUAUCAAGAACAAUAUAUUCAAGCAAAACAAAUAUGCAGAAUAUCAAUAUGAAAUAUCGGAAAAUAUACGUAAAGUUCUUAUUCAUUCAAAACCUGAAGAACUGGUUACAUUUUUAAAAGAUAAGAAAGAUUAUAUUUUACUAUAUUGUUUUUUUUAUAUUUUUAACAAUAUCGAAUGUUCUCUAGCGCCUCAUAUUCAAAUAUCAUUAUUUCAAACACUAAAUACUUGGCUUUCUCGUUGUAUUCGGUGUGUGGAGCUUUUUCCUCCAUUGAAAGAUGAAUUAGUAGAUAUUUUUGGAAACCUGAUAUGGGAAAAAUUGUAUGAUUUUGUUUGGGAAAGAUGGGAAGUAAGCAACAUAAUUCAAAAUAUUUUACGAGAACUUUUUACAAAACUACUUUCUCUUCAAAAAAUCAUUAUACCAUAUGAAGAUUUUAAAAAAUCACUAAAUAAAAUUCUUUAUAGAGCAUUAAAUGAAAAUACAUCCAUGAAAGCAUCUAUAUAUAUAAUUGAUAUAUUAACAAAAUUUCUGGAAGUAGACUGUAUUUUAACAAUAGAACCCAACUUUUUUAUUUCGAGAGUAUUAUUUCUUAAAGAUAUUGGUUUGGCGCCAGCACUUUCAAAAAUGUUAAUAAAUUUUUUAACAAUUCUUAAACAAAAUUUAGACCAUCGUUUUCAGAAGGAUUCCAGUGAGAUUUGGAUAGAGUAUUGGCUUCCACAUGUUAUAGAAUGUUUUUGUAAAGAUGAUAUUAUUCUUAAGCAAAACAUUGCCAAAUGGCUUCUUCCGGGGAUUUUAGAACAAUCUAUUGAAUGUUAUAAAAUAGUUAUCAAUAGACUUAAGAAUAGUAAAUUAAGUUCUGAUCAAUAUUUUUCACUUUUAAUAAUUAUUCUAAAAAUUGGCAAUAACUUGAAUAUUCUUCAAGAAUUUAACAGUCAAAAUCUAAAAAAUCUUGGUCUUUUUCAAAACACGUUAUUGAAUCUUUUAAAUAGCUCGUCAAUAUCAAAUCGUUUAUCUCUCCUUUCUUUAAUUGUAGAAACUUCUAAACUUUCUACACCAAUUUCUUCUGAUAAUCUCACUCUUAUAAUGGAAACUCUUCCAAAUUUGAUUAUUGAUUCUAAUUCCAGCUCUCGAAGCUGUAUUAUUGAUAUCGUUAACAAAAUUCUUUUAAGACUUUGUUCUUGUUCACAUAGUUUCUCAAAAAAAUUAAAAAAAAUGGAUCAAACUGGAAUUUCCAAUGAAGAAGAAUUAACAAACAUUUUAACUAAUAUCGAAAAUUUCAUAUUAUGGUUAUAUGAUUUUAUAAAAAGUGAAAUGCUGCCAAGUCUAUCCUAUACACGAGUUGUUACCGCAUUAAAUAUUAUGAAAAAAUUAAUCAAUACAGGUAUCGAUCCAAAUAUAUCUUUGAAUUUUGAAAAAAAAACCAAAAUAAGUUUUCAUUUUUCUUUAAGGAUAUUUGAUGCUACAAUGAUUAGAAUUCUUACUGAUCAAUUUAUGAAUUCCUAUGAAGAACCACAAAAGCUAGCUAUAGAUCUAUUAUCUAUGUCUACGUUUCCAAUUCAUGGAUUAACACAGAACGAACUUACACUAUUUUUUAAUAGAUCUUUAGAACUUAUUAAAAGUAAUCGUACAAUAAGUGCAGAAGGCGGAGCCAAAGCAUUACUAUUUAUUUUUGAAAAAAUAAUUGUUAAACAUGAAGAAACUAUAAAAACAGAAGAUUUGGUUUCAAAAAUCAACAUUCUUGAUAAUCCUAUUAAAAUAAUAGAGAUUUUAAUUGAAGAGCUUAGAAAAUCAAUUCAAAUUGGCUCUAAAAAUUUACUGUUAGGUGUCAAUUCAUUUCCAUUGCAUGGAAAUUUACUUACUUUACAACAUAUUCUUAAUAGUAUACAUUCAAAAAAAGAAUUAUAUAUUAAAAUAAAAGAUUCCUUAGAUCCUAUAUAUAACAAACUAAUAUGUUUUUGCGAAGAUAUAUGGAAGAUUGUUAAUCCAAUUUUAUGUGAUGAUUCAUUUGAAAAUUUGUUUUCAGAAAAAAAUAAAAACAUAUCUAAAAAUGAAGAAGAUAUUCAAUAUUUUAUGGAAAUAAACAAUCUUAAAAUAUCAUCGAAUCAUUCACAAAUAAUAUUAGCUUAUUCAUGGAGGAGUAUAAAAGAAGCAAGUAUGCUUUUAGCUAUUAUUUUAUCACGCUCAGAUAAAACAAAUCAGCUAUCAAAAGCAACAUAUGAACAGUAUAAUAAUGGAGGAAAAUUAUUUAAAGAAUGGUUAAUAAAUAUUCGACAUCCUGGUGCACUUUUUACAAUUUAUUCAAACUUUAUUAUAUUAUGUUCUACCCUUUUUAUAUCCUCCGAAAAAGAGCUGAACUCUCUUCCAGAAUCUUGGCUUCAAAAAAUCAUAUUUUCUUUGAGAAAUAAGUCAUCAUUUAUUGCUAAAAAGAGCAGAGGGCUGCCUUAUUGCAUAACCGGUAUAUUAGUAUCUGAAACAAAUAGCUCUCGUCCAUUAUUAUUAAAGACAAUUGAAGAACUUAUGACUAUAGCAGAAAUUAAUCAUAUACAUCAAAAAGACCGCGUUAAUACAGCUCAAAUCCAUGCAUAUGAUACUCUAAGGGUUAUUUUUCUUGAAUCAAGGUUAUCAAAUAUUUCAACUAGGUUUAUUGAAAAAGGAUUUGUUUUAAGUAUUAAUGGUUUCAACUCUAAUAUCUGGACUGUACGUAAUUGCAGUAUGAUGUUGUUUAGUUCACUUCUAACUCGUGUAUUUGGAAGCAAAAAACAUAAACAGGAUUCUUAUCCUACUGUCAAAACGAUGUCAUCUAAAACUUUUUUCAACAAAUAUCCUAAACUAAGAGAAUAUCUUUUGCAACAAUUAAAAUAUCAUGUUUCUUAUUUAGAUAACUAUAAUGAAAAUAAUAUUUAUGUCGGACUAAAUCCAAUUUUGACUUUAAUAUCAUAUCUUGAAGUUACAAUGGAUUAUUCAAAUAACGAAUGGGUUGGCAUGGACAAAUUUAUGCCUUUUUUAGAUCAUUGUUCUAAAAUUCAUAUUUGGAAGGUACGCGAAAUGUCAGCAAAAGCAAUAUCAACUAUUAUUUUUCCAUCCAUGCGUAUAAAUACUAUUAUUAGCAUUCUAGAAUCUUGUGAAAGUGAUAUUCAAAAUACAUUGCAUGGAAAUUUAUUGAAAAUUAAAUAUUUAAUACAAAGUUGGAUAAAUUAUUUAAAUAAAAACAUUUUUCAUAUUAAUGAUCUACAAGCCUUUUAUACUAAUGUAACAAAUGCGUUAAUAAAGAAAUUCGAAAAUAUUGUUUCAAAUAAUCCUUGUGCUAUUACUAAAAGUCUUGUUUUAGAAAUAAUUUUUUUAUAUUUUAUAGAUCUUGAUUGGAUAAAAGAAAAAAUAAGUUCGAAAUUUGAAAAUACAAUAUAUACAGAAGAGACAAUGAAACUCUGCAUUAUGACUAUAGAAUUCUGUAUAGAUCUUUUUCAAUCAAAAAAGGAUCAUCAAAAAAUAAUUGGGAUGAACCUUUUUUUAAAACAAGCAUCUAUAAUACUUUUAUAUGGACUAGAAAAUUUUCCUCAAAGAAUCAAAAAAAACAUCAAAAAUGAAACAAUCAUUAUAGAUUUACUAGAAAAUUCUACUUAUGAUGUCAAAUUAAGCAUAUUUAACCAUUUAAGAUACACAACAAAAACAACACUUGUUUCCUCUUCCAUAAUCUUCAAAAUUUUCUCAAUUAUUUUAAAAGAAAGAUGGGAAGUCCUUACAACGAGUGCAGCAUUAUCUUUGUCCAAUUUAUUAAAUAUUUCUUCUUUUUCAUCUUUAAAUAUAGAUGAUUUAAAAAUUAUGAUAGCAAAAAUUAUACUUCUUUUAAAAGAUUCAUAUAGUUAUCCCCUUAAAAUGGAUGCUUUGAUUUCACUAACAUCAGCUUUAUUAUUUAAGUUAUGGCAUGUAGAGCCUAAAGAUAUUUAUUGGGAACAAUUUAAUCAGUGGAUUAAAUAUCUUGAUCUAAAUUCCGACGAAGAUAAAGAUCGAAUUAAUAGAAUGUCUGUAAUGCAAUCCUUAAAAUGUUUUUCAAAGCAUCUUAUUUUAAAUAAGAUUAGUGAUUAUUCUUCUCAACAAUCAGAAUAUAUUAUACCAAUUUAUUUUAUUUUGUUAAAGCUUUUAAAAGAUGAUGAUGAAAAAAUAAGGGAACUAGCAUCAGAAAUUGUUUCUCAAAUUAUUUUCGAAAAAAACAUAUUUUCUCCUGCAUAUUCCUCAAAACUUCUUCUUAAUCAUUUAUCUUCUAUUUAUAAAUAUUCCUUUACAUUUAAAAAAAAACUUUUAAAUUUACUUAUUAAUUCAGAAAAUAUUGACGAACUUCAAGCUAUAUUAUCUUAUUCUCAAGAAACAAAUAAUUUAUUUAUUUAUGAAAAAAAAAAUUUAUGGAGAGACACACUAAGAGACAAUUAUGAAAUAAUCAAGACAUUAGCUUUAUUAGAUGAUAAUGGAUACAUAGUCAAUAAAUUAACAAUAUGGGCCAAUUCUUUUGCAAAAACACUUUUACAGAUUGUUAUUGAAAAGGGAUAUGAUGGCCAUUUAGGCUGGACAUCUAAUGGUGAUGUUUAUAAUAUAAUAUCAAAAUUUAUAUAUAUAGUACAAUAUUUAGAAAAAACAUCUAAAAAAGAAGAAUCAUAUAUAGAAUUAAGGGAUAUAUUUGAGAAAAUAAUUAUAGAAUCUGAACGUAUCAAUAUUCAUAAAUGUUUAUUUAAUUCAAAAAUACAUUUAGACAAAAUUUUAUGCAAAAUUUGA